AUGGCAUCAUGGCGCGCCGCCGCAGGGGAGGUGGUCAUCGGCGUGCUGGAGACACCGGCGGUGCAGAGAGUCGUGGUCUCUCCACGGCGGCCCAGCGAUUCGGGAGGGCCGAGGCGCGAGCCGCUGCGGCCUCCCGCGGCUCGGGAGGCGACUCCGGGGACUCAGGCGAACGUCGCCGUUCUGGAGUUGCAGCUGGCGGAGGCGAGGGCACGAGUGAGGCUCCACGCGAAGCGACUCUCCAGCAGCAUGCUGACGGCAAUGGAGGCAGAGGCCUCGCGACUCCAUGCCCAAUUGCUGACGGCACAGAUCGAACAGACGAAGCGGGAGAUUCGUGCGCAACAAUUCCAGGCGCCCUCCCCGGCACCCAGUCAGCCUUCGAGUACGGCUCUGGGUCAGCUGCCCGAUCCGACGCGUUGCCCAGCGACGGUCACCGACAGGGCCUCCGCCUCGGCUGCCGGCCCGGCUCUCCACCCAGAGCCCAGCCCGGCCCCGCGGGUGACAGUGUACGCGGACGACGUGGUACGCUGGUGCCCGGCGCCGAAGUUGGCGGAUCUGUACUUCGUGCCGAACUGGGACCCCCCGGACGAGGAGCUGGCCUCGCAGCCGGACGCCCUGGACGAGGAGAUGGGUACCUCGCCGCCCCGGGCGGAUCCCUGGUUCGAAGUCUUCCCCCUUCGCCUGCGGCUCGGCGCCCCGCUCGGCGCGGAGGGCGCCCAGGCGUCGGCCGGGACGCCCGGCUGCGGCGAACCUGGCGCCCCCGCAGACGCCCAGCCGGGCUCCCUGCCCGGGGCCCAGCCCGACGCCCUGCCCAGCUGCCAGCCAGGCGCCCCGGCCGACGCUCGGCCCAGCGCCCUGCCCAGCGGCCAGCCCGGCGCCCUGCCCCGCUGCACGACCGCCGCCCCGACCGACGCGCGGCCCAACGCCCUGCCUGGCUGCCAGCCCGGAGUCCAGCCCGGCUGCGAGCCCGACGCCCUGCCCAGCUACCAGCAGCCAGGCGCCCCGGCCGACGCCCAGCCCAGCGCCUUGCCAGGCUGGGAGCACGGCGCCCCCGGCGACGCCCAGCCCGACGCCCUGCUCGGCUGCCAGCCCGGCGCCCCGGCUGACGCUCGGCCCAGCGCCCUGCCCGGCUACCAGCCCGGCGCCCUGCGCGGCUGCUCGCCGGGCGCCCCGGCCGACGCCCAGCCCAGCACCCUGCCCUGCGGCGUGGCUGGCGCCCUGCUUGGCUGUCUGCCCAGCGACCAGCCUGGCGCCCCAGCCGACGCCCAGCUCGGCGCCCUGCCCGGCUGCGAGCACGGCGCCCCCGCUGACGCUCAGCCUGGCGCCCUGCCCGGCGCGCAGCCCAGCGCCCUGCCCGGCUGCCAACCCAGCGCCCGCAGCGACGCCCAGCCCGACGCCCUGCCUUGCUGCCAGCCCGGCGCCCCGGCCGACCGGCCCAGCGCCCUACCCGGCUACCAGCCCGGCGCCCUGCGCGGCGGCGCGCCGGGCGCCCCAGCCGACGCCCAGCCCAGCACCCUGCCCUGCAGCGAGGCUGGCGCUCUGCCAGGCCUACCUGCCUGCUCGAUCAGCGACGCCCUGCCCGGCGACCAGCAGCCUGGCGCCCCAGCCGACGCCCAGCUCGGCGCCCAGCCCGGCUGCGAGCACGGCGCCCCCGCUGACGCCCACCAGGCUGGCGCCCUGCCCGGCGCGCAGCCCGGCGCCCUGCCUGGCUGCCAACCCAGCGCCCCCGGCGACGCCCAGCCCCGCGCCCUGCUCGGCUGCCAGCUCAGCACCCCGGCCGACGCUCGGCCCAGCGCCCUGCCCGGCUACCAGCCCGGCGCCCUGCGCGGCUGCACGCCGGGCGCCCUGGCCGACGUCCAGCCCGGCACCCUGCCCUGCGGCGAGGCUGGCGCCCUGCUUGGCUGUCUGCCCAGCGACGCCCAGCCCGGCUGCAAGCCCGACGCCGUGCCCAGCUACCAGCAGUCCGGCGCCCCAGCCGACGCCCAGCUCGGCGCCCUGCCCGGCUGCGAGCCCGGCGCCCCCGCUGACGCCCAGCCUGGCGCUCUGCCCGGCGCGCAGCCCAGCGCCCUGCCCGGCUGCCAACCCAGCGCCUCUGGCGACGCCCAGCCCGACGCCCUGCUCGGUUGCCAGCCCGGCGCCCCGGCCGACCGGCCCAGCGCCCUACCCGGCUACCAGCCUGGCGCCUUGCACGGCUGCACGCCGGGCGCCCCGGCCGACGCCCAGCCCGCGACGCUGCCCGGCGCGCUGCCCGGCUGCGAGCCCAGCGCCCCCGCGGACGCCCAGCCCGGCGCCCUGCCCGGCUGCGCGGCCGGUGCCCAGCCCAGCGCUCUGCCCGGCUGGGAGGCCGGCGCCCCGCCCGGCUGCCAGCGCGGCGCCUCGGCCAGCGCCCUGCCCGUCGCCCGGCCCGGCGCCGGGCCCCGAGCGCAGGCCGUCGCGAGCUACACCUCUGCGUCGUCUGGCCCGUCGGGCCCUUCGCGCUCGCAGCAGCAGUGCAGCGCGGAAUACCUAGCCGUGUUGGCGAAUAUCAGGACAUGGAACGAGGGCGGGGUGGAGGCCCGCACCAUUCUGGAACGACUAGACCACGGCGCGGAGCGCCUGCAGCGCAGGGGCACGGCGGCGGCGCCGUCCAUGCGCAGGGUGCUGUCAGUUAUCGGGGCACUUCGGUCCUUCCACGAGGCUCAGUUCGUCAUUGCCGGCCGCUCCGUGGGCAUCUUUGUGGUCGGAGGCGCUGGCAUGGCGUUCAUUCUGCCAGUGCGCGUGCCAGUGCGCGGCGCGUCAUCGCCUGCGGUGGGCGUCUUCACGUGCGCAGUGCAGUGCUUCUCGCUCGUGGCGCGGCGCCUGAGGUGGCGAGGUGGCCGCGGGAUCUACCCUGGACGUAUGCCGUGGCUGAAGCGGGCGGACCCCGCGGGUUUUCUCGUCCCCGCGCUGGCCUCGCGCGAGAUCGGCAAGGCUUGGCAGCCGCAGCGGCCGACGGGCGGCCAGCACAACCAGGCCAGGGCAAACUCCAGCAGGAGGAGUGCGCCGAGCCGCGUGCGGCCCGGGGCCGAGCCGAGCCCGUGGGAGCUGCUCGGGCCCCUCUGGUGCUGCGUCGCGCAGUACGGCAGCGUGGGCCAGUGCGGCGCGCUGCUGCAGGCGAACGGUUGGAUCUGCGAGGUGUUCGGCGAGGAUGCCGUCUGGCGCUUCCACGCCGUAGCCGCCGGCUUCGUGCGCCCCGCGGGCGCGGUGGCGGCGCCAGCGGGGCCGCCGCCGUUGGACCAGGUGCCGCAGGCCGUGGACUGGCGCCGGCUCCUGCGGGCCAACCUCGUGGCGCGGCAGAAGCCCUGGGUGUGGGUGCACCUGGACGGCUCGUUCGUGCGGGUGCCGCUGCCCCUCGCUAGGCCGCUGAGCCUAAAGGCGCUGGUGAGCCUGGUCGCCGACGUGGCGCGGGCCGAGCAGGCGCCCUCGCCAGCGGAUCCGCCCGGGCGGCACCAGCGCGGCUCCGACGAGCAUCCAGCCGCGGCGGUCCACGCGGAGAGGCUGCCCCCGGGCUCCGCCAACCCCGAGCACCUCGGCGGUCGCCUCGAGCGCCCUGGUCAGAGACGGCGCUCUGCUGGCGGGCGCCAGCGUCCACGCGGAGUGGCUGUCGUCGCAGAAGAG